AUGUGGAUGGACCUGCACAAACAGCUACUGUACCUUAACAAGUACAUAAGCAUCCACGUAGCAGGUGAGACGGAUAAUAUGACUCUACUGGCCAACGAAGACGAGGCUCCAUCGUUUCUUCAAAACCAUCAAGGAGGUUCUUCGUUGGAGCCUGCAAAAACUACUCAGCAACGACUACACCCGUCGUCUCCGCUGGCAGCCCAGUGA